ACACAAGAAGAAGAAAAAGCGAAACAAAAAUCAGUUCCUAUGCAUUUAGCCUUGUGUUUAAAUGAAAUUGAGCAAGAGCUUGGCAAAUUGUCGCGCCAUACGGCGUUAUUUGCUCAUCUUUACGGCCAUCUCGCUGCUGCUACUGCCACUCUCUUUGGUCUAUCUGGUAUGGAAUGAGCAGCUGCAGAAGAUCCGUGGAUUCGAGGCCUUUAAUAUGCAGCAGCCGCAGCAGCAGCAGCAAUCGCAGCAGGCACAGGCGCAGCCAAUGGGGCAAACAUUUCGCUAUCCAGUGCUGCUGCUGAACAAAAACAAGAACAAGGAACUGACUGUGGUGGCAACGGGCAAGACAAAGAACAAGUGGCGCUAUGUUGAUAAAGACAUCAAUCAAACGCAUAUACCACUUAUACCGGAAAAUGCCGUUCAAACACUCACACCGCAGGAAAUGUUGCAGGUGGAACAGCGUAUGGACGAAAGGCGGGAACGUUUAAAGGAUAAAUGCUCAGCCUAUGGUCUAGAUGUAUUGGGUCACGAUGCCUGGCAUACGCCAAAUACUUGGGAAUUUUUGGUUAACAAAAAAUAUCAUAUUAUCUGGUGCAAUGUAUUUAAGGCAGCAUCGUCCUCAUGGAUGUUUAAUUUUAAUGUUUUAGCUGGUUACUCACCCAGUUAUUUACGUAAAACUAAGAAAAUUCUUCUAAACUUGGCCAGAGAACGCUAUCCGCGUGUGAGCCUAGAAGAGCUUCGUGAGGCACAAAAUGACUCAUUGACAUUUAUCAUAGCACGUAAUCCCUUCGAGAGACUCUUGAGUGCCUAUCGUGAUAAAAUGGUGUUCGCUUUACCAUAUUCCUUCCAUGACAAGCUGGGGCGCAGUAUAGUGCGAAAUUAUCGCAAAAAGCCCUCGCUGGCGGCUCGUUCGUCAAACACAAAGUAUCCAUCAUUUCCGGAAUUUGUUAACUGGCUGUUGGAUCAGGUGAAACGUGGCAGUUUCAUAGACAUGCACUUUGUGGCGGCAACUUCAUUUUGCACACCAUGUCUUAUUAAAUUUGACAUGAUAUUGAAGUUCGAGUCACUGACCGAGGAUCAAUUAUAUCUAAUCGAAAAGACUGGCCUGAAGCGGGUGAUAGCUCCUGUAUGGCGCAAUAUGGGCAAAGGGGGCCGCAAAACUCAUGAGCUACAGCAGCAAUUCUAUGCCCAAUUAACUCGACAAGAGAUGCUCGAGCUCUAUGAGUAUUACAAAUAUGAUUUUGAACUGUUUGACUAUGAUAUCCAGGAAUAUCUGCAGGUGGCCCGACCUGAUGAGGGCCCCACAGAUGUUAGAAACUAACCAAAUAUAACUUUGAAAUUCAUAGAACUCAAAGGGAAAAUGCAAAAACCAAAAAAGAUAGAAAAACCAAAUGAAAAUACAUAUUAGCCGUCACAGUACGUAAUUGCAAUUGUUGAUAAUAAUGAAAGAUAACAAUAAUAAACUUAAAUAACAUAUAAAAGGUACUAUUAUGUUAUUCAUUUUAUUAGAAA